AUGUAUCUAUCUAUCUAUCUAUCUAUCUAUCUAUCUAUCUAUCUAUCUAUCUUUUUAUCUAUAUCAUCUUCAUAUCUAUCAAUCUGUCUAUCUAUCAAUUAUCUAUCUCAGUCCUUUUUAUCUAUCUAUCUAUCUAUCUAUCUCAGUCCUAUCAUAUCUAUCUAUCUAUCUAUCUAUCUAUCUAUCUAUCUAUCUAUCUAUCUAUCUAGCUAUUAUUCAUGCAUCAAUACUAUUGAGGCUUACAUCAAAUGUUCCUCUUACCUCUGCUACGGUUACUGUGUUGUUGUCAGGAUUAGCUCUCUCUCUCUCUCUCUCUCUCUCUCUCUCUCUCUCUCUCUCUCCCGACGUUUCAUUAUCUUUUUUCCGAAUUUCAGCAGUUAUUAUCAGAGUGAGGAUGUGAGUCUCUCUCUCUCUCUCUCUCUCUCUCUCUCUCUCCCUCUCUCUCUCUCUCUAGCCACUCCGACAUGGUCUGUUUAUCUGCCCUGCUUCUCGCGUCCUGGUCUGGUUCUUGUUGUUUUCUCUGGAUCCCUGACCAUAGCGUUUUUAAUCUGGCUGCUGGCAUGGCCUGCUUCUUGGCGCCCUGCCCUGGAGCGUCCUGGCCUGUUUCGCUGGAGUCCUGGCAUCCUGGCCUGCUUCUCUGCCCUGCACGUCCUGGUCUGCUGGUUUCUCAGGCGCCCUGACCUCGUCCCUGGGUCUGUUAAGCGUCCUGGUCUGUUAAUCUGGUUCUCUCUGCUUCUCUGGCGCCCUGCCCUGCCCUGCCCUCUGGCAGCGUCCUGCGCCCUGCCCCUGCACUGCCCUGCCUCUUCUCUAGCGUCCUGGUCUGUUAAUCUGGUUCUCUGCUCUUCUCUGGUUUCUCUGGCUGCCCUGCCCUGCCCUGCCUGUCCUGCGUCCUGGUCUGUUAAUCUGGUUCUCUGUUUCUCUCUCCUGCUUCUCUGGCGCCCUUGCUCCCCUGCCCUGCCCUGCCCCCCGGUCCUGCGUCCUGGUCUGUUAAUCUGGUUCUCUGCUCUGUUUCUCUGGCACUCUGGCCUGCUUCUCUGGCGCCCUGCCCUGCCCUGCCCUGCGUCCUGGUCUGUUAAGCGUCCUGGUCUGUUAAUCCUGGUUCUCUGUUCUCUCUCUUUCUCUGGCACCCUGGCCUGCUUCUCUGGCGCCCUGCCCUGCCCUGCGUCCCUGCCCUGCCCUGCCCUGCCCUGCCUUCUCUAG